AUUGGUGGUAUAAAGGAUGUAGACUGUAUGGGUAUCGAAAAUGUUGUGAAUUUUGAAUGUGUUCAAAAAUUUAGAGGUGACAAUGAUGAAGGAAGUGGUUCUUGGAGUUACGAAGAGGCAUUCGAGUUGGCUGGUCACGGCAGAUACAAUUACCUAGUACUUGUAACAUGUUGUAUCAUAACAGUAGCCGUAGCGUUGGACAUGUUUGGUUUUGGGAUAGUAGUGGCUGCUGCCAGUUGUGAUUUGAAACUUACCAUUGGUCAAACGGGAUUGCUUGUUGGAUCGCCUUUUACUGGUCUCCUCUUUGCGUACUUCUGGGGUUAUUACGCAGACACUCGCGGUAGGCGACAAGCUUUACUCGUGUCUACUUCAGUUGGCUUUAUCUUUGGGGCUCUCACCAGCUUCGCUAUAUCAUGGGAAAUGAUGCUCGUAACCAAGAUCAUUUGCUCCAGCUUUUUGAUGGCAUCCCAAACAAUUAUUAUAACAUAUCUUGGAGAGAGCACUAGAAGCAAAAAUCGGAAUCAAUUUAUAUUCAUAAUGGUGUCCAUGAAUUUAGGAGCAGAAGUUAUAUCUUUUGGUCUGGCCUAUUUCAUUCUACCAUUAACAUUCGCCUAUCAAUUAUUCUCCUUGCCUAUAAUUUUCAAUUCCUGGAGGUUCUAUACCUUUUUAUUAGCAACUCCACUAGGAUUGGGAGCAUUAUUUUUAUGUUUCCUUUAUGAGAGUCCUAAAUUUUUGGCUGAAAAAAGUGGGGAAGAAGCAAUUAACGUUUUAAAGAAAAUAUUUGUUUUUAAUGGCGGCGAUGAAGUAAAUUUUCCGGUAAAAUCCCUCCACCUGUACUCAAACAUACAAAACAAAUCGUUCUGCAGUUCGUUCACUACUCAAGCGUCCCCUCUAUUCACUCCCCCCUUAUUGUGGAGGACCAUGCAAUUGUUCUUCUUACUGGCUUUGGUUUGUUCUAUAAAUAAUGCAUUUAUAAUGUGGUUUCCGACGAUGGUGGACAUAUUUUUCAAUUCAAUGUUUUCAGGAAAAGAGAUUGAAUUGUCUUUCUGUGAUAGCAUAAGAAAUGUUACGGAUUCUCAAAAGGUUGAGAAUGUUGAGAAAUUAUGCACUGGAGUAAUAUCUGGAGAAACUUUAUACUCCGGUGUGUUUGCGAGUUUAUUUUUCGCGGUAUUGAAUCUCGUGGUAGCCAAGUUUGCCAAGUGGCGUCGUCUGGUUUUGAUCACUUCUUUUUUUAUAUCUGCUAUUAGUUGUUUAGUGGUAGUUUUACAAAACGAACCGAUAGCUAGCGUGGUAUUUUUCACAUUAAUACAAAUAACGGCUAUUGGUCUGGGCAGUGUGUCCUCUUACUUCGUCGAUGUCUAUCCUACUACUUGCAGUGGUCUAGCAACUAGUCUAGGUUUCAUGUUCGCUCGCUUCGCUUCGCUAACGAGCGUGACUGUGAUCGGAGCGACCAUUGUUGGGAACUGCGAAACUAUGUUUUAUAUAUACGCAGCUUUGGGCGUUUCUGGCAUUGUCGUGGCUUUAUUACUGCCAUCUGAUCGUUCGAAGUAGAUAAUAUAUGUAUACAAAAAAUAGAUAUAAGUAAAUUA